CAAGCUUUGGCUCUCACAUCCAUUAAUUAAUUUACAGUCUUCUCAAUAGAUUAUUGUCGCUUUCUUCAAAGCCGAAAAUGUCAACCACCAUUGAUGUACCAGAGACAAGCAAUGUUGACACCAGAGAAAAAGCACCUCUUCUUCCAGCACCGAGGCAGGCAGGAUGGAGAAGAGGGAUAGCCAUAAUAGACUUCAUCCUCAGACUUGGCGCCAUCGCAGCUGCUCUCGGUGCCGCAGCCUCCAUGGGAACCAGUGAUCAAACUCUACCUUUUUUCACUCAGUUCUUUCGCUUUGAAGCCAGCUACGACGAUUUCACCUCUUUCCAGUUUUUUGUUAUCGCAAUGGCUUUUGUGGGUGGAUACCUGGUCCUCUCUCUUCCUUUCUCCGUCGUGACCAUAUUACGACCUCAAGCAAUCGGAGCAAGGCUUCUCCUCAUUAUCCUGGACACAGUGUUUCUGACUCUGGCGGUUUCAAGUGGUGCUGCAGCAGCAUCGAUAGUUUACUUGGCUCACAAUGGAAAUCAAGACACCAAUUGGCUUGCUGUCUGCAGUCAGUUUACUGAUUUCUGUCAGGCAACAAGUGGAGCAGUGGUUUCAUCCUUCGUUACUGUGCUUAUUUUGGACUGCUUGAUAGUCAUGUCUGCGUUUGCCCUCUCAAGGAACAACUAGAUAUAUAGCUCCAUUAUUAAGCUCAUCAUGAUGGGGCUUAACUUGACUUGUCUUUGCUUUAAUGAUUGUUACUGCGAAUGUUUCUUUUUUUUUUUUUACUUUUUCUGUCUUUGAAGUCUGAUCCGCUCAAGCUGUGUCAGGUUUUCUUCCAAGUGUUUUGCUGUCAACAAGAUAAUUACCUGUAUCGAUUUGGCAAUGGAAUUCAUUAUA